AAAGGGCCGAACUGGUUUUUUUUUUUUUUUUUGUUGUUGUUUCCACUGGUUUUCCUGCAGCACUGCAUGAAAUGGGCCAUUUAGCUUCAAAGCCGGUAGCACACCGACAACAGCAAACAACGACAACAUUUGAAGGAGCCAUUAAGCAAACUACAUUCCAGCCGAAGAAAUACUUGAGUCGUAUUGAGAUUGUCUGCUUAGAGCAGUCUUUUCACAAGUUGAAAUCAACAUUCAAAGAUCAUUAUGAAUGUAUUGAACUGAAGAACUUUUUGAAACAUCUUAAUUUGCCAAUUGAGAUUGAACCUGCUGCCAUAUUAUUGUACAAAUCAUUUUCGUAUCUCGGCUCAUAUCCUGCGUGUGCAACGGUUGGGCCUGUCCCUCUUUCAUUUGAAGCGUUUUUAACUGCCUUUGUGGUUUUAACAGGCCGCCUUGACCAAAUACAUCACAACAACCUAUCCGAAACUUUAUUUUUCCAAUCUUUGUCAAUAUUACCAACAGUAAAUGAAAAGGAACUUAAAGAACCAGAAGACAAUACAGAUAUUAAACCAACGAACAAGCAGACGGGUGGUACCAUUGAAGCCACUUCUACAUUUGGACCAAAAAGCCUGACAAAAGGUUUAUCAUUAGCCGAUCUAGGCAUUGAUUUUGACGAUCUGAAUAUAGAUAGUAGUCCUCAAGAAAAUGAAACCGUCAAAGAGAAGGAUACGGAAGGGGCAUCAGAAAUAUUAUGUAAAGACUUGAUCGACCUUUUUGUAUGCUUCAUAUGGCUAGGAGAAGCAGACAAACAGGAGCAACACGACUUUCAUAAAAUUCGUAGGUUGGCAACCGAUAUCGUCGUGAAAUCAAUUUCACUUCCAUAUGUCACGUAUGAAGCAUUGCAUGCAUGGAUAAUGAAUUUCUCACCUCAUUUUUUCAAACUAUUACAGUCACUCAUCAUCCAUUCAUUCACAUACAACAAUUCUUCCGGCAAUAGAAACGCAGGAUCAAGGUUGCUAAUUGAAGAUAAAUUACCAUCUGUUGAUAAGACAGAUAUACUCACACCAUUGUAUAUCACGUUAUUGUCAUGGACUUUACCAGAACAAAUUCUCAUUUCUAAGAAAUGGCUGAGACUUUACUCUGCAGAAGAAGAUGGAUUUUCUAUGAACAGAUUAGAAAGUCAUGUGUUCAAAUACCCAGGGCCAACAUUAAUGAUUAUGGAAAUAGAUGAAAAAGAACCACUUCGAAGAAGAACGAAAGGAAAAAAACAGGAGUUAACACCGCCAAGGGUAAUAGGCGCAUUUAUCAAGCAACCAUGGAAGCAUUCAAAACAUCUUUGGGGCGAUAAAGAAUGCUUUUUGUUCGAGUUAGAUCCAUCGUUUGAUAUAUUCCGCCCUGUUAAGAAUCAUAGUCAUUGUAAUGAUGAUGACCAUUACAUAUUAUAUCAUCAUGAUUUUGGAAUAGGCUUCGGACCUACAGGCAAUCAACAAACAUCUUUUAAACAAUAUUAUCCAGCACGAGAUAUAAACAAGAAGCAGCAACAACAGCAAUCUGAUUUUAUCUUAACUUUGAAUAGUACCCUUCAAGAGGGCAUCUACAAAAACGAGCCUUAUCCCGAACACCCCACAUUUGAAAGUGCUAACAGAAAACAGCAAGAAUUCUGUUUUGAAUUUCAAAUAGAAAAUAUUGAAGUUUUUGGACUCGGAUGCGAAAAAGACAGAGAAAAGCAAGCUCGAGAAUGGAAGUUCGAAAAGCAAGAGGCAGCAAGAAGGGCUUCUUUGAACAUUCGACAGGCCGAUGGGCAGCUUGAUAAGGAAUUAUUGAAAAUGGCGGGCAUUAUCGAUGAGGAUAAAAGACAAGAUCGGUAA